AUGACUGAACGAGUUACUGGAGCUGGUGUAGGAAUCUAUUCUAACCAAUUUUUAUCCUAUAAAGGAGUGGGAAGAGAUACUACCAAUUUUGAUGGUGAAGUUAAGGCUAUAUUUUUUGCUCUGAAUCAAUUAAGCUCUCGGAAGAGUAGUUUCCCUGGGGUUGUUAUUUUGCCCGAUAGCAAAGCCGCUUUGCAGGUUAUCUCCUCCAUGUUCGCACUUCCGAACGAAUUUACGAAUAUAGAAAGAUUUUCAAUUCAGAUUCUGGCUGACUCAAUUGUCUUGCAGUGGAUACCUGCUCCUUGUGGCAUCGAGGGAAAUGAAAGAGCUGAUUUUCUGGCAAAGAAAGGAACGACUUAUAAGCCACUAAUAACCAUAUGA